AUGGAGUGGGAGCGCGAGGAGAUGGUGCCGGACCACCUGUUCCAGACCUUCCACAAGCACAACAUGCUGACCCCCAACCUGCCCGCGCCGCUGCCAGUCGAGUGGUUGCGGAGGGUUGGCGUCUAUGACAUCCUGGGCACCCCAGAGGAGAAAAUACUGGAAGCCCAAGGCAAUCAGCAGACAUUGUUUAAAGUGUAG